CGACGGCCGGGGGCCCCGUCUCCCCUCGCCGCAUCCACUCUCCGGCCGGCCGCCCGCCCGCCGCCUCCUCCUCGCCGCCCAGCCUCGCCCGCGCCGCCACCAUGAGCCAGGCCUACUCGUCCAGCCAGCGCAUGUCCUCCUACCGCCGCACCUUCGGCGGGGCCCCGGCCUUCCCGCUCAGCUCCCCUCUGAGCUCGCCGGUGUUCUCGCGCGCGGGCUAUGGCACCAAGGGCUCCUCGAGCUCGAUGACGUCCCGCGUGUACCAGGUGUCGCGCACGUCGGGCGGGGCAGGGGGCCUGGGGUCGCUGCGGGCCAGCCGGCUGGGGACAGCCCGCGGGCCCUCCUCCUACGGUGCGGGCGAGCUGCUGGACUUCUCGCUGGCAGACGCGGUGAACCAGGAAUUCCUGACCACGCGCACCAACGAGAAGGUGGAGCUGCAGGAGCUCAACGACCGCUUCGCCAACUACAUCGAGAAAGUGCGCUUCCUGGAGCAGCAGAACGCGGUGCUCGCCGCGGAGGUGAACCGGCUCAAGGCCCGCGAGCCGACCCGGGUCGCUGAGAUCUACGAGGAGGAGCUGCGCGAACUGCGGCGCCAGGUGGAGGUGCUCACCAACCAGCGCGCCCGCGUCGACGUCGAGCGCGACAACCUGCUGGACGACCUGCAGCGGCUCAAGGCCAAGCUGCAAGAAGAGAUUCAACUGAAAGAAGAAGCAGAGAACAACUUGGCUGCCUUCCGAGCGGAUGUGGAUGCAGCCACUCUAGCUCGCAUUGACCUGGAGCGCAGGAUCGAAUCUCUCAACGAGGAAAUUGCAUUCCUUAAGAAAGUGCAUGAAGAGGAGAUCCGAGAGCUACAGGCCCAGCUUCAGGAACAGCAGGUCCAGGUGGAGAUAGACAUGUCCAAGCCAGACCUCACGGCCGCCCUCAGGGACAUCCGGGCCCAGUACGAGACCAUCGCAGCUAAGAAUAUCUCAGAAGCUGAGGAAUGGUACAAGUCAAAGGUGUCUGACCUGACCCAGGCAGCCAACAAGAACAAUGAUGCACUGCGCCAGGCCAAGCAGGAGAUGAUGGAGUACCGACACCAGAUCCAGUCCUACACCUGCGAGAUUGAUGCCCUCAAGGGCACUAAUGAUUCCCUGAUGAGGCAGAUGCGGGAGCUGGAGGACCGCUUUACUAGUGAGGCCAGCGGUUACCAGGACAACAUUGCUCGCCUAGAGGAGGAGAUCCGGCACCUCAAGGAUGAGAUGGCCCGUCACCUACGGGAGUAUCAAGACCUGCUCAACGUCAAGAUGGCCCUGGACGUAGAAAUUGCCACAUAUCGGAAGCUGCUAGAGGGCGAGGAGAGCCGGAUCAACCUCCCUAUCCAGACCUUCUCUGCCCACAACUUCCGAGAAACAAGCCCUGAGCAAAGGGGUUCCGAGGUCCAUACCAAGAAGACAGUGAUGAUCAAGACCAUUGAGACCCGAGAUGGGGAGGUCGUCAGUGAGGCCACACAGCAGCAACACGAGGUGCUCUAAAGCCAGAGACCCCUUUGCCACCAGAGACCGUCCUUGCCCCUGUCCUCACUGUCUCCUGAAGCCAUCCUCCUUCCAUCCAAGGGCACCACACCCAGACACUGUGCUCCCCUCACAGCCUCUGACCCCUGCUCACCAACUACCCCUUAUGGUCCCCACAGGGGACAUGGUCCAUCCCUGCCCAGCACAGGGAGCCCCCAGCAGUGUGAGUCCUGGAUGUUGGAAUUGAGUGAGCCUGGCUCUUGGCUGCCCCUGAGGUGUGCUGGGUAGACCUAGAUGGAGCCAAGGCAGAGUCGUGACCCUGCCCCUCCCACCUCCGUAACCUCAGGCUCAAGCCUCUGGUUUUGGAGAGGGCCCGCGCCCCCUACCCCAGUAGGAUGUUGGGACCCACAUGGUCAGGAUUGAGCCCUGUGGACCCCAGCCUGGGUCAGAGAGAGAAAGGGCUUCGUCCUCUGUAAGCUGGCGAGGUAACUGGGGGACUAGCCCCUGUGGAGACUGCUGGGGGGCACUAAGCUGACCCCAUGGUCCCCUAUAUUCCCAGGGUGGGCUUAGCAAGCAGGGGCUACAAGAGCGAACCCCCGAAGGUGCCAGAUGUGGGAGCAGGAUAUUCAGAAGGAGAGAGGGUAGGUGAGAUGCUGAGAGGAAAGGAGAGGAGAGAGGCAGAGAGCGGUCUCAGGCAGGUGGCAGGGAUGCCCACCUCCCCGUGCCUGCCCCUCCCCCACUGCAGGGGCUCUGGACAGAAACAAUAAAAGAUAAGCACAAGUCUA